UUGAAAAAGGUCCUAAAAAGGUGAGACGUGUGGACUGUGUUCCAACCAAAUGGAUACGCUAUAACAGCAUUAAAAAAAGAUAUGUCUCAAAGUUCAUGCCUCCACCGUACGACACCGAUGAAACUAAUGCAAUUUUACAUAAAUUGGUUGAAUGCGAGUUGGACGCACCAGAUCAUUGGCCGGAGUACACUAUAAAGCUUGUUGGUGAUGGACAAACUUAUUAUGAAGCAGUUAACAAGUUAAAGAAGUUAAAUACCCAAGAGUAUGUGUACAGCAGUGGAUCCGAAAUUCAUUCAAAGGAUAAAGCUGCUGCUGUCGCCAAGGAAAUAAGAGCCAGAGAAAGCCUUCCGAACCUAAAAUCGAUUUUGGCUGUACCAACCCUUAAGAAAAAUUUUGAGCCAUGCAAGAAAAUUUUACAAACAUCUACUGAAGGCAACAGUGUUGAUCCAUUAUUUUUAAAUGAAGAGUUUGACACCGAAAGUUCAACUGACUUUGAUUCGACUCAUAACUCGUUCGAAGUGAACGACAAUAAAAUCUAG